AAAUUAGAUUCGGCUUCAUGAUAGGCUUCUCCACACCAUCGACGUCGUUUGAGCCCUAGGGAGAUUGGGGAAAUACAACCCGAAGAAAAAGAAAAGAGAGCGACCUGCUGGAAAGGCACGACAAUACAGCAAGCCUGAUGCUGUACAAGUGAUCUCCCAACUUGAAUAGGGCAUCGCUUCCUUUUGUCAGAAAUUGCAAUACUAUGGCUUCGGGACAAAGCCAUGUGCCACCGCGCUUGACUCUACCGGAAAGAAUUGUAUUCGCAGCAAAGUGUUGCUUUCUGAUUCCAGGAGUCGGGCUGAGGGUGGUAUGGCAGGCACUGAAGACGCGAGACUUCUCCCUGAAGGCCCUGAAGGCGUCUUUUAUAAAAGGUGUCGUUCAGGUCUCGACAAAGCUCUCGCUAAGAGAGCUGCGGUCGUUCACCCAGCCGUCAGGGUCUAUCAUCGACCAUGUGUGCGAGACCGAGGGAUUUUCCCAUGAAACAACCACCCUUGAUGCCGGACAGUAUGGGCAGGCUGUUCUGCAUUUCAUCGAUUGCGCUGUGCACACCCCAGGAAACAUUCUCCUGUACUUGCAUGGCGGAGGUUAUAUAUUCCCGAUUUCUGCUGUCCAAGUGGGCUUCGCCCAUGCUGCCGCGGCCAAGUCAAAGUCAAAUCUAGUCAUCCUAGAGUACACAUUAGCCCCAAAGCUCAAAUAUCCCGGGCAGUUGGCGCAGGCAGUGGCGGCGUUGCGCCUGCUCCUGGAUCAUCACGACGCCUCCGAGAUCAUCGUCGGCGGAGACUCUGCUGGUGGGAAUCUGACCUUGGCUAUUCUGGCUCACCUACGCCAGCCUCAUCCUCUUGUACAGCCCAUAUCGGAAGGCGGACCGUGUCAGCUUCGCGCAGCGUUCUGCGUCAGCCCUCGCUGUGCCAACGACAGUGCAGCCCCGAGCUAUAAUCUCAAUGCCUCCAAGGAUAUUGUCAACUCCGACUCCAUGAAACUGUUCACAUCGAACUGGGAGCCAGCAAACGACGAGGUUUGGGCAACGCCUGUGGCGGCUGGAGACGACUUUUGGCACUAUGUCCACACCAAGCAGCUGCUUCUUCUCGCGGGGACCGCCGAGGUGUACGUGGACGAUAUCAAACGGCUCGCAGAGAUGAUGGGAGACAAAAAUCAAUAUGGCAGCAAGGUCGAGCUUGUUCUGUGUGCAGAGGAGAUUCACACCCAGGCGGUGCUCGACUUUGGGGCUGACAACUGGGAUGGGGUGAUGCUGAAAGUGCUCUUCACCUGGCUACUUAAUCUGAAGUGACUUUAGGCCUUCUCUCACAUGUUCUGCGAUGCACUUCUCCCACAAAUCUCAACUUGUCGAUGACAACUCCUCUCUAUCUAAAGUAUUUCAAUUUUAAUAAUAUUUUUUUCUGCUACUGUGAAAAUGACAACAAUUCUUUCUCUCCUUUCAUCUCUCUUCACCAUCACAUCCCAUCCUGGGUGACCUGU